CUUGCGCAUCUUUAUGAAAGAUGUAUGAUGACGGACAUUUUUGGUGUCGCAAAAGGGGCGAAAUCUUCUCGCGCAACGAUAUCAUAACCUCAUUGACGUAGACAGCGAUAAUAAAUAAUGAAUUUUGUCCCUCAUCACGUGGAGGAAUAUUUUAACCCCUAAGUUACUACACGAGUGUAUGUCUCCUCACUGUGCGUGCCCGAGACAGUGAUGAAGCAUCGCUCCUGACGACGACCUUAAUCCGUAAAAUGAUAAAAUGAAAUUAUUUCGCCGACUGGUCUUCUUUGGCUCAUGAAAAAUAAUCGUUAGUGUAGCCUACACUGUGUACAUUUUAUUAUACGCAAACGGAAGUGCGUCCUGCUUGGGUACCACCUGCAUUUGGACUACACCACCGUAUCAUUCUGCGAACCGUAGCUCAGCACAUCAGCAUCGGCACAGCUGGACAGCGGGCACCCUGGAAGCAUUGCUUCAUCCUCGCCCUCGCCCUAUGUGGAACCCUCAAGUAAUGAUGCUCCAGUGAAGGAUAGCGAGACUGGGACAUAUCAGCUGCUUUCUGUGUGAUCACUUGACCAUCACCCAAAGCUUCACCGUUCUUCAGGCCUUACAUUCUCCUCACAGUCUCUUCCCUCCUACCCCAUCUCUGGAAGCUGUCUGACCUAUCACAAGGCUCCAGGAUGAGUGGGUUCAUCGGCAAACUGGAUCCUCGGCGGAUCCAGUGGGGGGCCACUUGGUAUGCCUUCCAGUCCCGCGUCCUGCGCACAAAGCCGGUGGAGUCCAUGCUGGAGAGCACAGGUGGCACUGGGGCUCAUGGCACCAAACUCGCCCGUGUGCUCUCCACCGUAGACCUUGUGUCUUUGGGAGUGGGAAGCUGUGUAGGUACGGGCAUGUAUGUGGUAUCUGGACUGGUUGCUAAGGAAAUGGCAGGCCCUGGGGUCAUUGUGUCUUUCAUCAUUGCUGCUGUGGCCUCCAUCCUGUCAGGGGUGUGCUAUGCUGAGUUUGGUGUGCGUGUGCCUAAAACUACAGGUUCAGCCUAUACUUACAGCUAUGUGACGGUGGGUGAAUUUGUGGCUUUUUUCAUUGGCUGGAAUCUGAUUUUGGAGUAUCUGAUUGGCACAGCAGCAGGAGCCAGUGCGCUCAGCAGCAUGUUUGACUCCUUAGCCAAUCACACCAUCAGUGGCUUCAUGAUCAACCACAUAGGAACACUCAAUGGCCUGGGUAAAGGUGAGGAGUCAUAUCCUGACAUCUUGGCCCUCGUCAUAGCCAUCCUUGUCACAGUGAUAGUUGCUCUCGGUGUGAAGAACUCAGUGGGCUUCAACAACGUGCUGAACGUCAUUAACCUGGUUGUGUGGGUGUUCAUGAUGAUUGCAGGCCUGUUUUUUGUUAGUGGAAGCAACUGGGACGAAGGACGAUUCCUGCCGUAUGGCUGGUCAGGGGUCAUGCAGGGUGCAGCCACUUGCUUCUAUGCCUUUAUAGGAUUUGACAUCAUAGCCACAACUGGAGAGGAAGCCAAGAGUCCAAACACCUCCAUCCCCUAUGCUAUCACUGCCUCUCUGGUCACCUGCCUCACUGCCUAUGUAUCUGUCAGUGUGAUCCUCACCCUAAUGGUCCCCUACACUGAAAUUGAUACAGAUGCUCCACUGAUGGAAAUGUUUUCCCUACAUGGCUUUCAAACUGCCAAAUACAUAGUGGCCAUCGGCUCCAUUGCCGGACUUACAGUCAGUUUGUUGGGCUCUCUCUUCCCACUACCGAGAAUCAUCUACGCCAUGGCAGGAGAUGGUUUGCUCUUCAGGUUCCUGGCCAAUGUGAGCACAUACACAGAGACUCCAGCAGUGGCCUGUGUAGUAUCAGGGUUUCUCUCGGCUCUGCUAGCUUUGCUCGUCAGUCUCAGGGACCUGAUUGAGAUGAUGUCCAUUGGCACCUUGCUAGCCUACACACUAGUAUCAGUGUGUGUGCUCCUGCUGCGUUACCAGCCUGAAGGAGACAUCCAUGGUUUUGUCAAUUUCCUCUCAGAGCAGAACGCCAAGCGUAAAGAGGGCGUGUUGGCUGAGUGUGAGAAGGAAGCCUGCUCACCGGUCAGUGAGGGCGAUGAUUAUGGAGGACCUCCAUCCAACACCUGUGGAGCAAAGAACCUCCCAUCCCUGAGUGACAAUGAGAUGCUGAUUGGUAAGCCUGACAAGUCCAUCUACACUGCCAGUCACCCCAACUAUGGUACCGUGGACAUGUCCUCAGGCAUUGAAUCGGAUGAGACAGAUAGCGUUUACCUGUUGAAGCUAAAGAAGCUGCUGGGGCCACGCUACUACACCAUGCGCAUUCGUCUUGGCCUACCGGGCAAGAUGGACCGGCCCACUGUUGCCACCGGGCGUAUAGUCACACACUGCGUCAUCCUGCUCUUCAUCCUCAUCUUCUGUUUCUGCUCCCUCAUCAUCUUCGGGUCAAGUCAGAUAGCAGAGGGUCAAUGGUGGGCUGUGAUACUGCUGGUGGUGCUAAUGCUGGUCAUCACUCUCUUGAUCUUUAUCAUCAUUCAGCAGCCUGAGAACCCCAAACGUUUGCCUUACAUGGCCCCCUGCGUACCCUUUGUCCCAGCCUCCGCUAUGCUGGUAAACGUUUACCUGAUGCUCAAGCUCUCCAGCAUCACAUGGAUCCGUUUUGGUGUAUGGUGCUUUGUGGGUGUUCUGAUCUACUUUGGCUAUGGCAUGUGGAACAGCACCCUAGAGAUCAUGGCACGUGAAGAGGAGGCCCAUGCAAGCACAUACCAGCGCUAUGACAUGGGCGUGGAUGACAAUUUAGCAGUAGAUGAUGAUCUGCACCCUUCAGGUGAUGGGGGGCAGUGCCAACGCUGGGGCUCCAAUGAGGGAAGAGACGGGCAGCAGAAACAGCAACGCCAGCAGCAGAGGGAGCCUCAGCCUGAUGGCCCGGACAGUGUGGACAACCACAGGACCUCCUCUUCCUUCUCACACAGCAGGGCCAAAAUCAAAGCUGCCAAAGCUGCUCCAGGUUUUGAUGCAUUGGUGGUCGAUGAUGAUUUGGACGAUCCUUUGGAAUGAGAAUGUAAUUUGAAUGUACUUGUCUGCCAACAACUGCAGAACCCUUGGGCUAGGUUGUUAUCUCACUGCAAUUAAUAUUUAUUUUAUUCCCAUUCCUUAAUUUGCAGCCCUUUUUCACUGAUAGGAUAGUCAAAUUGGUCAGGAUGUGAGUUAACUUUUAAUACAUCAUGAAUCUUUUUUUAUAACAUAAAUCCAAAUAUUCACUUUUUCCCUAUUCAUUUAAUAUUUUGGUCAUUAGUUCUUAUUGGAUUCAAGUUAGAGAGCUCGUCAGACUCACCAACAUACAGCAGUCUUAUGACAACUAGUAAUCAUAUUACAAGAUGGUGAAAUAGUACAAUAUCAUAUGUCUCGGUUUGACUUUUAUUCCCAUAGAGCAAACCAAUCAACAAACAGAAUUUAAAAUCAAAACAAUACAGGCAUCAAAUUUAGCUAGCCCCCAAUCUAACACAUUUGGUAACUCAUUCCAUCUUUAUUUAUGCAAUACAAAUAACUAUAUACAGUAUGUCAAUAACCUGUAAAAGCUUCCCUCAUCUUGUUCCAAACCAUGAUGUUUUCUUCCAUGUUACACAAAAGUUAUUUUCCUAUUAAAAUCAAGGUUAAGUUUGGGUAAGGGGUUAGACUUUAAGGUUAGGUUUAGGGUUGAAUUAGAGGUUAAACAGGAUCAAUCAUAAUAACAUAAUUUGUUGUACGAGCCAACUUGUUUGAUUACUAUUUUGCCAUCUCAUUCUAUUAUUACAAUUUGUUCUGUUGGACUCACGAAGCAUCUAAAUAUGUACAAUGUAUUGUUUAAUUUCUCCCCAAAUGGCAUUAACUAGCAUAAUAUUUAUUGCCCUCUUUUGAGUAGUGUACUGUGGCCCAGUCAGUUAUCACAGUCCCACACCUUUCCCCAAAACGACCCUUUACCAGCUGGUCAAUAUAAAACCAGUGGACACAUAGCCAUGGGAAGCCCUUGCUGCAGUAGUUCACAUUAAAACACUGUGCAAUUUGCACAGACUUUUGUUAUUUGAGAAACUCAGAUGCUACUAUUGCUUUUCUUAAUCAACUUUAAUAUUGCAUUUCAAAAAGGCUAGUUUUGAGAUACAAAUAUAGAGGACAGCCAAUGUGGCCCCACUAUGAGAUAGUUGUGAUUGACGUAAGCAGAGAAUCAAACCCCUCUUUCUCUUUCUCUUCCACUCUAACAUCUAGCCCAAGUGAGGUUUGGACUGUAAGUUUUCACAAAUAGUAAUUGGACUUUGCUUGCAAUAGUGCCUUCAUCUGUCUGUGUGUGCUUUAAAUAUGACCAUCAAGAUGUCCAUACUUGUUUGUUUUUCGUUUUUGUCUGUCAGUAUGUUUUUUGUAGUGUUUUUUACAUAAGGAGGCAUAUAUGGUUGUUAUCUGGUUUGUGUGCCUGUCAGCCAUCAUAUUUCACUACCGAACAUUCAUUCAUCCUUUGUGCAGGUGACACAGAUUCAUCCUUGCAAGCAGGCAGCUCUGUGUAAAUAACGAUGGUGUGACCACAGUACGAUAUGUGUCUCUUGGCCGGUCAGUGUCCCUUCAAAAUGGAAAAAAGAAAAGAAAGGGAGUGAAAUUUGCAUGUAGUGGGGAGCAUGUUGUGAAUUUCUAUCUGGCUGUACUCUUCUGCUAUUUCCUCCCCCAUAAUUCAACUGAUCUCUCCAGUCCAAAUCUACUGUGUCUGUGCUACAGCUCUGCCAGCCAAAAAAGGGGGAAAAAAAGAAGAAAAGAAAAAAAGACAACCAAGCCGGACCUCAAAUCCAUAAUUCUAUAUUAGAAAAUCCAGUCCAAUAUCAUGGGAGGCCUUAUGUGGUAAAAAUGCAGUACAUCAUGCUAUGUUACUUUGAACUUGUAUGCCCUCUCAUAUAUGUGAAAAAUAUUUUAAAACUUUGAAGAAGAAAAAAGAUUAAGUUGCCAUAAAUUACUUGCAGGCUGUCUCCUUUGAGUCCCAUCGGCUCUUUGCAUACAUUUGCCAACCAGCAUAGUGUAUAGAGCUUUAUUUGGGGCCUGGGUUGGUUUGUUUCUCCCAUCUGGUGGUCUAUGAUGUGAUUAUUUUUGUUGCUGUGGCAUUUUGCUGAAUGUGUAGCAUGUUCAGACAUAUAGAGCCCAGAGUCAAACUAUGUUCUUGAGUAUUUGCAUGUGUGGUGACUGUUGAAAGACUUGAUGUAACACUCAAAUGUAGUAUUCUGAGAGAUGAGGGUAGCAGCCUGCCCGUAUCGCCCCUCCAAUCCCUCCUCUUUCCGAGUGGCCUCUGUUUACAAAGCAAGCCAAAGUCUGCAACCUUUGUUUACUGUAUCUGACAAAAGACACCAUUUUACUUCCAUAGAGUAGAGCACCAUAUAACCGUGUGAAGACUUAAGACAAAGAAAUCGAAAAGAAGUAUUUUUUUACAGGCUUAUAAUUACUUCAGGUUCUUGGUGGGAUGGCUAGGCCACCAUUGGUGAUUUUUGUUGUUUCUCUUAUGAUUCAGCAAAAAUUCUAAAGAAAAGUGGUGAAACCAUAUAUUUUUUAUGACCUCUUUCUAAACUGAUAAAACUGGAGACUUUUGGAUGUUGAUAUAUUAGUUUUGAUUUAAAGGGAAAGUUCUCUCUAAAAAGAAAAUUCUGUCAUCGCUUAUUCACUUUCAUGUUGUUCCAAACCCCUCCCAGAUAGCACACGUACAUCUCCAAGAUGUAUUUUUUUUAUAUUUUAAUCUUGAAAGCAUCACAAUCUUAUUAACAUCUGCUAAAAAAUCUUAAAAAGAUCAGAUUUACAAACAUUCUAAAUCAUAAAUGUCUCAAAUGCAUCUGCCGAAUGUCUUAUUGACAUCCGAGACAUCUGUAUUGACAUUUCGUUCUUCUUAAAGAUAUAUAGCAGAGGAGCAAACAACAUUAAAAAUACGUCUUCCAGAUGUAAACACACAUACAUCAAAUAGAUGUCUGGAACACACAUGGAGAUAUUAGGCAGAAUUAACUUUAAACUUUUUGACUUUUAAGUCACUAUUAACUUUCAUUGCAUGGAAAAAAUUAUGCCAUGAAAGUGAAUUGAAGAAAAACAGUCACAUGAGGGUGUGUAAAUGAUGUCAGCAUUUUCAACUAUCCCUUUAAAUGACUGUUAGAAUGUACCUAGCUCUAAAGCUUAGGCUCAAAGAGGGCACAGUUAAGAGAAAAAACUACAGAGAUAUUUUAUUAUAUACAGGUCUGGAAAAAACCACUAUCAAAAAUGAUUCCACUAUGUCUUUUAAAGUGAGCUACUAUUUGUUAUUUGUCUUUGAGAAAAGGUACAGUGUUUGUACUUCGUAAGCUAUCUUUCCUGCUCAUAGUUUGUUUGGUAUUUGUUCAGGAAAUGUGGAGAUUGGCUUCUCUUGUAAAUCUGAUACUUGUUUCUGCUGUAUAUUUUGGUAUGUAGUGGAUGUAUUAUGGUUCCUAUUAUUAUUUUGUUUUUAAUCUAUUUAUUGUUUCUUCUACUUGUAGUUUUGCUCUCCAGUUGCACUGUGUAAUAAGAUGUAUUGCUUCCAUGCAACAAUGAAAGUAAUUUAUUGCAGAUCAGAUAAGCGUGACUCUUGAUUUUCACUUCGCUUAAAGGCAGUUCCACACAACCCAAAAUCAGAGGUCAUAAAUAUCCUCACAUGGGUGGCUUGGGUAAGCAGGCUUGCUCUGUUUCCUGUGGGGUGGAGCGGUGAGGCUAGAAUAACACAGAUCUGAGGGUAGCACCUGAGCGCAAGGGAAACAUACUGGUCAUACUGGGAGGGGUGCCUCUGGCUCUGCAAUGGAAUGAGAUAAAUGCACAAACAGAUCGAGACAUAUUGUUCCAUAAUCAUUGCUACAGUGGUGGUCUAUGUCGAUGUAGUACAAUAUGGUUUUGAGAUAUCAAAGCAUGUUGUUAUGUUUAAUUCAUACAGUUCAGACCUGUCUGUCUGUAUGGCGUAGACAUCGACACAACCAGCUCUUCUGAAGCACACUCCUUCUCUUGGAGGGUCUUCAAAAUGUUCUUCCUAUGAUGCACUCAUAGGACAUCAUUUGUAUUCAUUUUCUGUCAUCACCCUAUCAAAUUCAAAUGUGAUGUCCUUAUUGUACAUAA